AUGGUACAGCAGGGGUCCCAUUCUAUUCGGAAAACUCCGAGGAAACCAGUGGUAAUCUAUGUAGUGUCGCCGAAGAUCAUCCACGUCAAGGCAAGCGAGUUCAUGUCGCUGGUGCAACGACUCACGGGCAUCGACUCGUCGGCAUCGUCUCCUCCUCCCACGGCGACGGCGACCGAAGGGGAGUUACUCGGAGACAGGAAGACUCAUGACUGUGGAUCACCGGCAAAGCCUGAGGCGAUCCGCGCGACGCGGAACCAUUUUCCCCUCCUGGACAGCGUUGACGGACCGACUCAGCAGGAGGCGGCGGAUCAAUUCUCCUGCUGGCGAUCCUUCUUUGCGAACGAUUUGAGCCUCACGCCUGUUGCCGGGGGCCCCAAGGAUACUACUGGCUUGGCUGCUCCGGACAGAUGGCUCUUCCACGGGCAAUACCUAAUGGGGCAGACCGCCCCUUCUGUUCCCCUCUCUUCCUCCACGGGCCAAUUCAUAGACGUCUUCUGCCGCGUUUUGCCCGAUUCCCGAGACUGA